AUGGCAGACCUACGAGGAGGGUGUAGGCAUGACAAAUCAGGACUCCAGCAACUGAGAGCCUCCAUAUCAGCUUUGGAAAGAGAUGAGAGCAGACUACAGCUGCCCAAGCCACUGUCAGACAAGUUUCUUCUCAUUUGUUCUUUAAAUCUCACCCAACCCUUAAAAACCAACCAACCAACCUUGGAUUUAAUACACAAAUCAUCAACUACACCAGGACAUUUUGAUUUCUAUCACCAUUAUCAUCACCAGCAUCAUCACCACCACCAUCACCAUUACCACCACCACCACUAUUAUCCUUGUUACUGCCACAGCAAACUGUACAUCAUGUACAGGCCCAGAAUAGUACCACAGAGAUCAUGGCCAGUAUGGAUGGUAAUCCUCAUUUUUCUUGGAGUGGUUGCAAGCUUGGGAAUCACUAUUGGUCUCCUCGUUCAUUUCCUGGCAGUUGGAAAGCUACACUAUUAUGAAGGUGAUUUUCAUAUUUCUGGAGCCACAUACAAUGAUACCUGUGAAAAUGUAGCUUCACAAGCCAGUACAAAUCUGAGCAAAGAUAUUGAGACUAAGAUGUCAGAUGCAUUUCAAAAUUCUAGUAUAUAUAAAGAAUAUGUCGACUCUCAGGUCAUCAAACUUCUGCCUAACACCAAUGGCUCCAAUGUACAGUUACGUCUGACCUUCAAGUUUCCUCCAGCAAAGAGGGGUAGCAUGAGAACUGAAAUUCGGGCCAUCUUACAUCAGAUGUUGAGAGACAACGUGGCAUCCUGGAAUGCAGUUCCUGCUUCCAUUAAACUUACGGAAAUCAGCAAGGCUAAUUCUGAAAUGCUUGUCAACAACUGUUGUGGGAGACGACUGAGCAGCAGUAUCACAGCUGGCAACCGAAUUGUGAAUGGGAAGAAUGCCCUGGCAGGGGCAUGGCCAUGGCAGGCCAGCAUGCAAUGGAAAGGCCACCACAACUGUGGAGCCUCUCUGAUCAGCAGCAGGUGGCUCUUAUCAGCAGCUCACUGCUUUGCUAAGAAAAAUAACACACAAGAUUGGACUGUCAACUUUGGAAAUAUUGUAAAUAAACCAUAUAUGACACGGAAAGUCCAAAACAUUAUUUUGCAUGAAAAUUAUAGCAGUCCCGGGGUCCAUGACGAUAUUGCCCUUGUGCAGCUUGCUGAAGGAGUCUCUUUUACAAAGUACGUUCGCAGGAUUUGCCUUCCCGAAGCCAAAAUGAA